AUGACAAAGCAUGCAGAGACCCGGCUGUGUGUCCAUUUGAACCCACAGUGGUUUUCCUGGUCCUGGCACUGCGCAUGCGUGGGGUGGCGCCCCAUCCCCCUCCCUCGUGCUGCAGGACGCUCCAGGGCCCAGGGCUCCAAGAUACUGGAGGGUCAGGAGUGCAAGCCCCACUCCCAGCCGUGGCAGGCCGGUUUGUUCCAGGGCCAACGACUCAUUUGCGGAGGGGUCCUGGUUGGCACCAACUGGGUCCUCACAGCCGCCCACUGCAAAAAAAUGAAAUACACAGUGCGCCUGGGAGACCACAGCUUACAGAGUAGAAACGAAGGAGAGCAGGAAAUGUACGUGGCCCGCUCCAUCCAGCACCCGUGCUACAACAACAGCAAUCCCGAGGACCACAGCCAUGACCUGAUGCUGAUCCGCCUUCGCAAGCAGGCCGACCUGGGGCCUACAGUGAAGCCUAUCGACCUGGCGUAUCACUGCACCCACCAGGGCCAGAAGUGCACUAUCUCAGGCUGGGGUACAGUCACCAGCCCCCAAGAGAAUUUUCCUGACACCCUCAACUGUGCCAACGUAGAAAUCUUUUCCCAGAAGAAGUGCGAGGAAGCCUACCCGGGGAAGAUCAAUGAUGGUAUGGUUUGUGCGGGCAACAGCAACGGUGCUGACACGUGCCAGGGCGAUUCUGGGGGCCCUCUGGUGUGUGGUGGUGUGCUCCAGGGUAUCACAUCCUGGGGCUCAGACCCCUGCGGGCGCCCCGAGAGACCUGGCGUCUACACCAACCUCUGCCGCUACCAUGAUUGGAUGAAGAAAACCAUGGGUAACAGAGACUGA